ACCACCAACUGUCAGCUCGUCCCCCUUUUCUGUUGCCAUCUCCAGCUGUGGGGCAGAAGCUGCUGGACUGACCUUAACCACCAAUUUCACUUUUUCUCUUGUUAGAAUAAAUACUGUGAGCCGUAAUGUUGUGAAGUCAGUCUGCUGGAUGGGAGACACAAACUCAAGGUCCGACAGAACAAUGACUUCCUGAUUUGAACAAACCAGGCAGGAAGUGAAGCUCUUUAACAAGAGUACUGAUGGAGGGUCGUAGAUGUGUGAUGGCCGCCCUGUCUGACGACAUGCUGACAGUGCUGACAGUCAACUUGUUACUGAGUGUCUCCUUUCUUUCAGGAAGACCGACUGGAUGUGAAGAGGACAAAGGCUUCAUCUUUACUGCACCGAGAGAGAUCGAGGCACUGAGUGGAGCCUGUUUGCAAAUCCCUUGUAGCUUUACAGUGAAACCACAGCACAAGUUCAAUCCUCGGAGAAAAACAUUUGGAGUUUGGUUAAAACCUGGAGCCCCGAUUCUCAACAGUCCGAAAAACGUGGUUUACAACAGCAGUCAGCUGAAAAACAGAUAUGACAUGAACAUUACUGGAAACCUGCGGGAGAAGAACUGCACCACUGUGUUUUCUAAGAUAAACUCAGAGCAAGAGGACAAAUACUACUUCAGGAUUGAGAACGGCCCGUUCAAAAUAAGCGCUCUUUGUAAGCCGGUGAACGUAAACAUUAGAGAUUCUGCUUGGAGACCCAGGAUUGAAAUCUCAGGUGACUUGAAGGAGAUGAACUCUGUCAUUAUAACGUGCUCAGCUCUCACUCCCUGUCCACAAUCGCCUCCUGAACUCACCUGGAACCUGGAACCAGACCACCGCAGACUGACGGAGAAGAACAUGGACAGAACGUUUACAGAUAAAAUCCAGAAGAACAUCACACUGUCAGACACACAUGAUGGAUUCAACAUCACCUGCUUCGUCAGAUAUCCUGUGGAUGGAGGAAAAUACAAGGUCGCAAAGGCAGACGUGACCCUCAGUGUUUCCUAUGCUCCCAAAAACACUUCAGCUUCCAUCAGUUUGUCAGAAGAUGGUUGGGCGAACCUGACGUGUUCCAGCACAGCCAAUCCUCCCGUCAGCUUCUUCACUUGGUUCAGGAACAGCACAAAUGGAACCAUGGAAGUAGCCGACGGAGACAUAUAUGGACUCAAUAUCACCAAGGAGGGGAUUUAUUACUGUGUGGCCACCAACGAUCUUGGUAAUCAGACAUCUCCAGAGGUUCAUCUGGCUGGUCAACGAAAAGGGAACAUUCAGGAUGAGGGACCUUAUGAAAGAAGAGUAAUCGUGAGUACUCCAGUUAAGACUUCACUUGUGUCAGCAUUAUUCGUUAUUUUGGUUGGCUCCUUCAUCAAAAUCCUCAUGUGGUUUCUUAAGGUCGUACAUCUAUCUCCAGAAAGGCCCCAAAACGUACUCACACCACUAAGGACAACGGUCUCAAAAUGCGAGUCAGAAGAAGUGAUGUUCGAUAUGAGGAUCUAAACUCCUGGAUAAAACCGACCUCCAUGCGUAGCAGCAGGCAGUCACAGGACACGACCUACACACAAUCAGUCUCCAGGUCAAAACGCAGCUGAGCAAGUGAAUAAACAUUGGCCUCUCUGAC